CCUGCUGCGUCUGGAUGGAGGCUGAAGAGAUGCCAGUGAAUACCUCCUCCAUUAUCAUGGAGCUGGACAUGUGUGAGCCCUACACUGCGGCGUGGCUCUGGCUCUCCUGGCUGCAGCCCUUUUACCUGGGCCUGCUCUCAGCCAUAGGUCUUCUGGGGAACCUGCUGGUGCUUGUGGUCUUCUGCUUCCAGAGAAAGCCCUGCAGUGUGGCUGAUAUCUACCUGGGCAACCUGGCUCUUGCCGACCUGGUUCUCAUGACCUGCCUCCCCUUCUGGGCCCUCACCAUCUCUCGUGGUUACCAAUGGGACUUCGGCGAAUUCCUCUGCAAAAUCGUCAACGUUGCCAUCUUCAUGAACUACAUCUGCAGCAUCUUCUUCCUCACCCUGAUCUGCCUCGACCGCUACAUGGCCCUCGUCAAACCAAUGAGCAUAAGUCCAUUCAGAAGGCGUUCUUGGGCAAAACGAUUCUGCUUGAUCAUCUGGUUGCUCGGUUUUGUUUUCAGUCUACCUGUUCUUAUCUACCGGACUGUACGCUAUGAAGAAGAGGCUGGAGUUGAUGCAUGUAUUCUGGCCUACCCUGAACCGAAAUUGACUGUGUACCCAAACAUUGCUAGGAACAUCCUUUGCUUUGUUCUCCCAGUGCUGUUGAUGGUUUAUUGUACUAAACAUAUCGUUGCUUCUCUAAAAGAUGGAGGGAUGGUUGGUCCGCCCAGUCUGAGAUCGGAGAAGAAAGCCACAUAUCUGGUUCUGGCGGUGCUGGUGGUCUUCCUGGUCUGUUGGGGCCCGCACCAGCUCAUGAGCUUCCUGGACACUCUGGAUUAUUUUGGGUUGACCCCAAGUUGUCUUUGGGGUCACAUUUUGGACAUAGGCAUUCAGCUGUCGACAUAUCUGGCGUACAGUAACAGUGCGAUAAACCCCCUGCUCUUAGUGAUAGUGGGGAAAGACUUCAGGAAAAGGGCCCGGGAGGUGUGUGGGAGAAGGACAAAACGCAGAACCAAAGACUUUCCUGUACCGCACUGUGAGUUACUCCUCUGUGAAUAAGAUCAAUGGUG